AUGUUUCUGUUUCGUCACCCGAAGGAUGCAACUCUGAGGAAUAAUUUCCUGAAGCCAUUCACCAAUGACAUCUGGUGGAUGAUCUUGGCUGUGGGAACUGUAUAUUGGGUUUCAUUGUGGAUCACUGUGAAGAUUCAGAUCCAUUAUAAUGAGAGUUAUAUGAAUAGGAAAGAGGCUAGGGGUGCGUUUGAAAUACCUGGCUCUGAAAGCGGUUUGAUAGCAUUGGCAGCUCUUUCUCAACAAGGUUUGAGUGAGGGUCUCCAGAUCAUUUCUGGCCGAAUAGUUUUUCUCUUCCUGUUUCUAUGGGCACUUCUUCUCUUUCAAUUCUACUCAGCGAAUGUCGUUGGGUCUCUACUAACAUCUCCUCCCCGAACCAUCAAUACAAUAAAAAAUCUGAGCGAUAGUCAACUCGACGCUGGAACCGAGGACAUUCUCUGGAUUUAUGACUACUUUAAUAUUAUGAAGACUCCUUCGCACAUCGAAUUAUAUCAGAAGAAGAUAAAGCCGAGCAGCAAAAGGCCAGAGGGUUCCUUCUGGACAGCUGUGGAAGGUAUGCAGAAAGUGAAGAAAGGAGGAUUUGCUUUCUACAUCGACACUGCGACUGGUUACAACUUGGCGCAGGUGAAUGCUUCCUGA